GAUGGUAGCACGGUUUUAACUGGAGGAGACGCUCACAGACACUUGGAGACGCUCACAGUUCAAACCAGACCAGGUGUGACAGCAUUCACGAUGGCAUGGAAAAGAGGUUCUGGCACUUCUAGGUCCACCAGGAGAAGACGCUGGUGGCAGCUGAGGCAGAGAUGGAGGAUGCUUGGGGUCUUUGAGAUCGAUCAAGAUCACGAGUUCUACCAUCUGACAGCAGUGAUCAAAGAAGGGAUGCAAGCUUCGAUCCAGACCAGUGCCGCUGCACCAGACCAGGAAGUCCUGACUGAUGAACACUUCGGAGCAGCAGACACUCAGACCCACACAGGGUUUGAGAUGCAGACGUUUGCAGUGCCCGUGUUUGCCAAAGUGAGGCGCUGGCUGGACAUUUCUGAGGACGAGUACCUGAAGUCCCUCUGCUCCAGUGGACACUACCUGCAGUUCAUCAGUAACUCCAAGAGCAAGGCAGAUUUCUUUGUCACGAAUGACAAAAGGUUCUUCCUGAAGACCCAGAGCCAGCAUGAGAUCAGGUUCCUGCUGUCCAACCUGCACAGGUACAUGGAGCACCUGGAGAAAUACCCCCACUCGCUGCUGGUCCGCUUCCUCGGAGUCCACAGGAUUGUUAUUCCCAGUCAAAUGAAGAAGUACUUCAUUGUCAUGCAGAGUGUGUUUUUCCCUGAUGAGAGGAUCAAUAUUCGGUAUGACAUUAAAGGUUGUGAAGUGGGGAGAUGGACAGACCCCAGCACACAUGGAAAACAAGUCAUCAAAGUGCUGAAGGACAAUAACUUUGAAGGCCAGUUUAUUUCAUUAGGCCAACAGAAGUCCUGGUUUGUAGAGCAAGUUCAGAAAGACGUGGACUUCCUUCGCUCACUGAAUGUGUUGGACUAUAGUCUCCUGCUGGGGCACCAACAUCUGCACCGUGAUGAGCAGCAAGGAAAGCAUUCCUUGGCCAGCUUUAUCAUCCGUGCUGCAAAGUCUGUGGAUUUACAUGACAAUCCUAAAGAGUCGGACCCACAUGCCAUUCCACUAAUGGCAGCAGGUACAGGUCAGAUGAUGCCAAAGUCUACAGUCUGUGGAUCAGGCCAUGUCCAGGCUACAGCAGAGGGUGAAGGAAUCCCACUCCAGGAAAUUCGUGGACCUGCAAAGGAAACCAGGAGCAACUCAGAACUGCUGGAGUUCCAUGAGCAUCAUCGUAGGCUGCUGCCAAACUUCAAAAAUGCUAUUCAUGUCAUAGAUGGGCCAGAUAACCGCUACUUUGUGGGCAUUAUAGAUAUUUUUACAGUCUAUGGGUGGAAGAAAAAACUGGAGAAGGUGUGGAAAAGCAUUUGCUACCCAGGAAGGGAAUUUUCCACAGUCAGCCCGCGCAGAUACUCAGAGAGGUUCUGCCAGUGGAUACAAAAGCACACUCAGUGAUAUGAGAGCACACUGGUGCAGACAGUAAAUGCUUAGAGUGACGCUUUUUGUUUUGAAUGAUGAAUGACAGAAAUCAUUGUGUGGGGUGUGUCUCUUCUUCUUCUUUGUCUUUCGGCUGUUCCCAUUAGGGGGCGCCACAGCAGAUCAAUUGUUUCC